GAUUACAACGAAUACGUUACGUUCUACCACUUGGGAGCCGAAUUGUGCGGCCACCAGGGACUCAUCCAUGGUGGGCUCAUCGCUACGUUGCUAGACGAGUCCUUGACCCGCACGGCUUUUCCGUUGUUUGAGAAGAAGACGGGGGUCACAGGAUACUUGAACAUUAACUAUAGAUCACCGUCGUAUGCUGAUAACUACUUUGUGAUCAUCGGAAAGGUGGUGGAGAGACACGAGCGCAAGAUCAAGGUCUCGGGGUACAUCAAGAACUUGACAUGGGACAAAAGCAUCGACGAAGAGAUUUUGUUGGUGGAAGCCGAGUGUUUGGCCGUGCAGCCAAGGUAUGCCGAUCACUUG